ACAAAGAGAGUACAACCUUCUGCUACACCACAGCCAGAGCGGAGGGAACAUUCAAUCCCGAACCAAAGGACUCAAUUCAGCUCCCUUAAAGACAACUCAACACUUUUUUGACUGCAGAUAUUUUUGAUUCUGCUCUACAAAACAUGAAGAUGUCCAAUCUUUCAGAGAAAGCUCUAUUUUUCUUCUUUUUUUCAGCACAGGUGUUUACAAUAGUAUGGUCCCAGACAUGUCCUCGGAGAUGCCAGUGUCCUAAGGAGCCCCCCGUGUGUCCCCCUGGGGUGCCCCUGAUCCUAGACGACUGUGUCUGCUGCCUGGUGUGUGCCCGUCAGAAAGGACAGGUCUGCUCUGAAAUGAACCCCUGUGAUACACGUAAAGGGCUGCAGUGCGACUACACAGCUGACGUCCACAAGAGGACCGGUAUCUGUGCAGCUCAUGAGGGACAUGUGUGUGUUCUGGAUGGUUCUGUCUACCAGAACGGCCAGACCUUCUUCCCCAGCUGCAAGUACCAGUGUGUGUGUCGUGACGGACAGAUCGCCUGCUUGCCGCGCUGCAACGUGGACGUGAUGUUGCCCGGUCCAGACUGCCCCAUGCCACGGAGGGUUCAGUUGCCUGGAGAGUGCUGCGAGAAGUGGGUGUGUGAUCCCCAGGCUGAGGCCAGUGCACUGGGUGGCUUUGCCAUGGCAGCCUAUCGUCAGGAAGAGACAGUGGGUUUUGACAAUUGGGACUCGAGCCUCAACUGCAUUGAGCAGACCACAGAGUGGGGCGCCUGCUCUCGAACCUGUGGCAUGGGGGUGUCCACCAGAGUGACCAAUAAGAACAGUCGGUGUGAGAUGGUGAAGCAGAGCCGGCUGUGUAUGAUCAGACCCUGCGACGACGUACAGAACCAGACACAGCUGAAGCAGCUCGCACCAAAGAGAGGCAGCAAGUGCCAGAGGAUGGUGAGGAGCGACAAAGCCGUCCACCUCUCCUAUAGGAACUGCACCAGCGUCCAGGCCUACAAACCUCGCUACUGUGGCUCCUGCACAGACGGACGCUGCUGUACCCCCCACAGAACCAAGACCGCCCUGGUGGAGUUCCAGUGUGCCAAUGGUAAAACCGCCAGGAGGCCGGUCAUGGUGAUCCUGACCUGUGCUUGCCACAGCCACUGCCCCCGAGACAAUGCUGUGUGGCAGCCAUCAGAGCUGGGAUACAGCGGCAUGAGGUCAUAGGUCAGAGAGUCACCAUAGGAUAAAAAUGAAGUUUAAAUGAACAGUAAUUCCAGAUUGUAGCUGAUGACCCUGUCUAUAAAUCCAGGGAUUCCUUGAGUUUGAUUGAAGGACAAUGAGUGUCCACAACAUUAAGUAUGCUGUAUGGUAGUCCUAAAACUGUACAGUAUAUAGGCCUAUAACUUAUGACAUGUCAACAAUGAAAAAAAAAUUGGCUUAUUAUGAGAGAGUCAGAGUCAUUCUUGUAUUCAUACAAUGAGAACCCUCUUUUGAGGAUGAGAUCGUAGAGAAUGAAAUAGCUAGGAGAGGGAUUUAAUCAUGUAACAUCCUGUGGACAAAUUAGUGCCAUCUUCACUAUUGCUAAGUAAAGCACUUAAACCUUGUGAGGAAUUGCUUCUCUCCAGAUCGGGUAGCAUAAACUACCAGACAUUUACAACAGACAAGCCUCUUUUUAUGAGGUCAAAUAGUAUGAAGGUGUACAAUCACAGGGUCUUGUACAUAAACAGCAGUGUCAUGACUGCAAAUAGCCUCACAGCUUUUUUAGUUUGAUUGACACUAAGGUUGGCCAAUCAGGCAGAAUUUAGCAUUUUUUUAUACAAAGAACAUAAAUGCAUGGUGUGUUUUGUGCAGCCUAAAUUGUGAGGACGAAAGCUUUGGCUAUAUAAUGUAGCCAGCAGCUUCAAAUACUUUAUGCCCUCUAAUUUCAUCACUUGCUGUACAGUGACACUAUGACACCUUAAUUGGUAAUUCAAGCAUUUUCGCAUUAAUGAAAUAGAAAGACAAGCAAGGAGGCUGAGGGAAAUAGAAUUAUAAGGUGAGUUGUUACCUUUUACCGGCACUGUCAUGGGAAUUUUCCAACUAUAGAACACAUUCUUUAAAUAACUGGACUGUGUACUUUGACCUGGUCCCAACCAAGGGCUAAACCUAUGAAAGAGAGGUCACUGUGGUGACUUAGUGUCAUUUCUAACAUCUGCCUUAAAUCUUACUCCUGUUGCAAAAUACAUAAUGCUUGUGUUAUAUGUUUGUGUGUUUGUUGGUGUAGAAUGGAUAUUAUUACUCUUGUUAAAAGUAGUGCACAUAAACGACAGCUAUUUUUAUAAAGACAAAAGUUUUGUAAAUACUUGCUGUAUAGCUUGAGUGUGUAUCAAAUACACAGCAUUAAUCAGUAACAAUGUAAACAUGAGCUGUAUAUAUUGGUAUGUGGUAUGUGUUAUACUUCAAACUGCUUGUUUCUGUAUCUGUUGGAGCAAUACUGCAAAACACAACAUUUGAAAAUAAAUGUGUAUUUUUU